AUGCACGGACCACAUCACCCCACCCCGGAACCCCCUCCUCGAGGGCAGGCCCGGUUCUCUCCUCCCCAUCGUGGUGGUAUUAGCAUGGCGACCGGUAGGAAAGGACUGACUGCGGCCGACUUCCCCGUCGAGGUGCCUGUGGGCAGCGCGGGGUACACAGUGAAGUUUGAGAUGAAGGACUACGACGUCCUCCACGAUGAGAGGCUCGCGUUCACGGAAGCUUGCUUCGACCUCGGCUUUACCGGACCUCUUCCCGGCAAGCAUUGCAGCGCCUUGCUCGUUGUGCGCCCUGGCGACCUGCUUUUGCCCGACGAGGAGGAGAUUGGGACCUUCUACCGCCACCUCGACCCCAAGACCUCCUCCAAGCUGCACGAGGAGGAGGCAGCCAAGUUUUUGAGCUUUUUCGGCGAAGUCGCGAAGGCGGAGUUGAACCGUGAGGGAAGGGAGUGGACGCACAAGGCUCCUUCUGCCGAAAUAGUCGCCGAACGUCUGUCGAGCGUUGCCGGCCCCAUCCGUGAUAAAUUUCCCUACAUCCUCAGGCAGGAGGCCGCCGGAACGGUGCUGCUGUCGGUCAGCGCGUUCGUGUGGUCGUUGGGCCAUCUGGACGACGUGCAUCGCAGCUACGAUCCGCUCAUCGUCGAAAACCCGAAGCUGGUCGGCGUGAAGGCGCUCCGACUUGAGCUGCUGCACUACGUGGAGAGGGCCGCGCUGAACAAACGGGAGGAGACGACCGUGGGUCGUGGCGUGGGAACCGGCAUCGCUCUGGGUGGGGAGGCCCAGGAGGCUCGAGGGGGGUCGUACUCGGGCAAGCACGGACCCACGGAUGGCGGCGAGGAGGAGCAUGAGGAGGAGCACGAGGAGGGGGGCAGUGAGCAGGAUGGUGGCUCGGACGAGGAGGAGGAGGACGACAAGGGUGAGGACGAAGACGUGAUGGUCACCGGCGAAGCAGAGGCCGUACAGUUCGCCGGUGAGAAGGCAGUGGAGAGGGAGAACAAGAAGCUGAGGGAGGAGAAACUGGUGGCGGAGAAGAGGCUGGACGCCCAGUUGGUCCGGAUGGACACGCUGUUCUCCUGCGUUAGCACGGCCGUCGAGAAGUUAUCGUCGGUCGCCGACCGCAUGACCUCUCUCGAGCAGACGUUGGGGAGAAGCAUCCAGUUGGCGGAGACUGCUAUGAGGGUGGUCGUGCAAGAGGCGAUUAGCAAUCGCAGCUCCCUCGUAGAACACAUGAACAAGAGGUGGCUGCCCACCAUACAGGCCUUGCACGUGACGGCUGCUGCUCUGAAGGGUAGGCGACGGGAGGACGACGAGCUGUCGUUGCGAGGUGUGGCAGAUGUUGUGGGCGAGAGGAUCAAAUCCGUCGUGUCUGCUGAGGUGAAGGCCGUCAUGGAGAGCGCGGCGCCGGGGAUCGCUGCCGCUGUCGUACACAGCCUCCCGCCCUCCCCCGCCUCCACGUCUGCCGACGGGAUGAGUGCGAAAAUCGUCCAAGAGCUUAAGGACGACGUGGUGAAGUCGGUCACCUCCGCGACCCAACAGGGCUCUGGUGCCGCCGGGUUUAGCCUCCUCCCAAAUGCCCUCGCGUUGGCUCAGAGCACCCCGGAAAUUCCGCCGACGCCCAGCAACCAGCAAGGAGCAGAGGCAGGCCAUGUCACGGCGGCGACUGCAGGGCCAGGCAGCGCAACAGAGGAGAUGGCUAUGUGGAGAGAGGAGGACGAAGCCGGUGGGGUGGACCCCGACAUCCUCGCCAGCAUCGUGAUGCCGGACCCUGAAAUCGAGGACCCUACCGCGACUGGCGCCAAAUCCCCCCCGGCCACAACCGGUGAGGUCGGCGACGGGAAGCAGAAGCGCAAGGGCAAGUCGAAGGCCGACUCUUCCAAGGGGACGACCAAGACGGACACACAGGGUCGUAAGGGUUCAGGCGUCCGCGUUGACAAGGAGACGAGGCUGGCCGUGUCGGAGAUGAAGUUUGGCAAGAAGAGUCGUUACAUUUGCGGGUCAAUUGACAAGACGGAGGCCGCCUACUGCAUCGCGGUCGCCGUGUCAUCGUUCGACGGCUACGUGAGCGACGUGAUUCUCGACGAGUUCGAUGGUGUCAAGGAGGAUGUGAUGAAGCAGUAUAGGUCGGACUGGGAGGUGGCGCGAUUGAUGCCGGGCGGAAUGUGGACGGUCAUGUGGAGCCGUGGCGUGACUGUAUUCCGCGACAGGUUCCAAGACGGGGUCAACGGCUACAACAACAUCACCAAAGACGGUCGUGCAGCUCUCACGGUGGCUCUUGGUCCUGCGGUGUGGUUCGGCGAACUUCCGGAGUUGACCGACGUCCAGAAGGCCGCGAAGAACAAGAUGGCGAGCGACAUGAUCACACGCGCUGCGAUGUGUGCCGCUUUCGCACCGGUGGCCGCGAAAGUCUCGCCAAUCCCGGGUGUCAAUCCGGAGCGGUUAUCCGAGAUCCUCGCAGGGACCGCGUGCGCGGUGUGGUGUUUUUCGGAGACCAAUGCCACGGCGGAGGCCGCGGCCGGCGAAGGGGGGGCGGCAACGACUGUGCGCGGAGCGUCCUCAGAGUUCGCGAGACGGUGUAAGAGCAUCAUCGAGGUGGUGCUUCAACGGGCGCCAUCCCAUCAGGUCGGCGAAGAGGAGGUCACCGACAUGGUGAUGAAGGCCAUGAAAGAGGAUGUGCUGCGCUCGCUGCCUCCGAAAGGGGACGGGGAAGACCACGAAGAGGUGAUCGCCCGUGUCAUGAUCGAAAACCUCGCCUUCUGGGGUGACUGCAGUGUCGGCGGCCCUAAACUCAAAGCUCGCGGCGUCGUUUUGCCUAUUGACGCCGAGAUGAAGACGAUCAUUCAGGACAGGGGGGCGAGGGGGCAGCACAAAGGGAAGCCGGCGACAGGCGCCUAG